AUGACUUUGGAACCCCGACUAAUGGCUUUCUCUGGGGAUCAGGUUGAAGAUGUGACCUUGGCGCGCCGAGGCGAACAGGUGGCUCCUGCUGCCCGGCCCAAGGAGCUCUGGAUCACAUACCCCAUCAUCUCUUUCUGUACUUGUCGUCCCACGCCUUCCGCAGCCCGCCAGCCGUCCUCAAUUCGCAUCCGUUGUCGUGAUUUUACAUUUGUCUGCUUCUACUUCACCACUGAGAACAAGGCGCGUGAUGUCUAUGAAACCAUCAAGUGCUGGACUUGCAAGGUGGGACGGAUCGAUAAGCUCUACGCCUUCACAUAUCGGCCCCCUCCUCCAGAGCAGAAAUUCAAUGGCUGGGAUCUGUAUGAUCCGAGAAAGGAGUGGAUUAGACAAGGUGUCGACCGGGAUGGCUCGGGCUGGCGUAUAUCUCAGCUGAACACAGACUAUGGGUUUUCUGCAACCUACCCUGCUCUUCUCCCCGUGCCCUCGGCCAUCUCAGACAACACACUGAAUCACGCUGGGAAGUAUCGGUCUAGAGCGAGAGUACCGGUGUUGACGUAUCUCCAUCCCGUAAACAACUGCUCCAUAACAAGAAGCUCGCAGCCCCUUGUGGGCGUGCGUCAGAACCGAAGCAUCCAGGAUGAAACUUUACUGGCAGCCAUUUUCUCGACCUCUCGUUCAGAGAGACCGCUCGCCAGCUUUAUCCCAUCUGGGUUUGGCCUUGAAUCAUCACAUACGUCACAAGAAAAUGCUCCACGCAGUCACAUGCUGGCUGAUCUGACGGUCCCUGAGGACUUUGAAGACGAGAUGCUGACAUCGUUUCCUGGGGAUCCGGAAGAACGGCCUCAAAUAUACGGCGCUCAGCAGCACAAUUUGAUUGUUGAUGCCCGACCCACUGUUAACGCCUUUGCCAUGCAGGCUGUUGGUCUUGGGUCGGAGAACAUGGACAACUAUAAAUUUGCUACUAAGGCUUACCUUGGCAUUGACAAUAUUCACGUGAUGAGAGAUUCUUUGAACAAGGUGAUUGACGCAUUGAAAGACUCCGAUGUCAUCCCACUAGGUCCAAGCAAAGAUCAGCUUGCACGGAGUGGCUGGUUGAAACACAUCUCUGGCAUCCUGGAUGGUGCUCGGUUGAUCGCUCGGCAGGUUGGGCUUCAGCAUUCGCACGUCUUGAUCCACUGCUCAGAUGGAUGGGAUCGAACAAGUCAGUUAAGCGCAUUGAGUCAGAUCUGUCUCGACCCUUACUAUCGAACGAUGGAAGGUUUCAUGGUUUUGGUGGAAAAGGACUGGCUCUCCUUUGGGCACAUGUUUCGGCACAGGUCGGGCCAUCUGAACAGCGAAAAAUGGUUUCAGAUAGAGAACGAGCGCAUCGGGGGAGAUUCUAACCGUGGAUUUGGUGAAGGAGGCGGUGCAGGCAGAGCCAUCGAAAAUGCAUUCCUGAGCGCCAAAGGCUUCUUCAACCGAGAAAACACCAGUCGCGACUCCCUUGGCGAAUCGGAUGGAGAGAUGCAGAACUAUGACGCGGAGAACAUGAAGAAAGCCAGCUCGAUACCCAGGACAGCUGCCGCUGAAAUGGAGGUGACCAAGGUGAAGGAGACUAGUCCCGUCUUUCACCAAUUCCUCGAUGCGACGUAUCAAUUGCUACACCAGUACCCAACGCGAUUUGAGUUCAACGAACGUUUCCUGCGUCGACUAUUGUACCAUCUUUACUCGUGUCAGUACGGCACGUUCCUCUUCAAUAGCGAGAAGGAGCGUGUGGACUGGAGCGCGAAGGAACGAACUCGAAGCGUAUGGGACUACUUCCUGGCGCGGAGGGAGCAGUUCUCCAACCCACAGUACGACUCUCAGAUCGACGACCACAAGCGUGGAAAAGAGCGGCUUAUCUUUCCUCGAAUCAAUGAGGUGAGGUGGUGGAGUGAAGCCUUCGGUCGAACCGAUGCGGAGAUGAAUGGUGUGCGGUCAUCUGGUUCUCGGCCACCUGCUGGUCGCGAUACCACUAGUGCCGAACCGUCGCCAGUCUUGACCGGCAUUGAAACCGCUAAUCAUGCUCUCGGCGCUGGAUCGUCUGGCAAAGACACCCUCAAUGCGGCCUCAGCUGGAAUGGCAGCAGUAACUGCGGGGAUUUCAAGUCUCGCUUUUACUAGGAGUAAAGAUGACAGCCCGGACGCUAAGAGCUUGAAUCAGAUGGAAGUUGAGAUGCAAUGA